UGGAUACAUUGGCUCGACCAUGUGGAGAACCAAAAUUUCAGGUGACAUCCAGCCAGAAACCCUUGCUUCUGGGGGGAGCUCUGGUGGGUUAGUGGAAACAGAAGCAGAUCCCUCCUACAAUUUCUCCCCUUAUUUCAGAUGCCAGUCCCAGACAAAGCCAACUCUGGAAACUGGUAGUCUUUAUGUUCACACAAAAAGAAAUUCCCCUGAAAAGGUCCUUAAAGGAGAGGAGAUGUCUACUGGGGGAUCCCCAUGUGCUGCAUCUUGGAGGAAAGACCUUCCAGCCAGUCUGUAUUCAGAGGGUCUGCAGGUGUCACUGGAGACAGAUUUGGGGGGGGCUCAGAUGAACGUUGGUGUAGCUGUGUAUGGGACUCCAAGAGAGGUGUGCAUUAGAGUCACUUCUACUCCUGGAGAUUACGAGUUUAGAUCAGUCCAGCAGCUUAGUACUAAAUCUGUAGAAGUCAACAACUCUGAACCUCGUGUUAAGUCCAGCAAAGAGUCAGAAGGGGUGCGUGACUCUAGAUCACGAGCAGCCAGAAGAAUGCCAGUGGUGCGCAGCAGCAAGUCCAGCCCUUUCGGUAUUCAGGUUGAAGAAGGCUUUGGUAAAUAUUCUGGCAUAGAUCGUAUGAACGUGAGCAGAGAAGGAAGAAGGAACAAAUACUCCCACCAAAGCAGCUGGAGAAAUUGGGAAGCCGAUGCCAAUCUCGGCCAGUCUGAAGAACCAUCGGUGGAGAGGAGUGCUAAAGAGCCAUGGUGCUGUGAAGAAGGGAGCCAGACACAGGAAACUGUCUCCAGAGAGGGGUCAGAGAAGAGCUUCUGGUCGUGUAAAGUGAAUGAGCAAAGUUUCCAGGACUUGUGUAACAGACAAAUGCUAACUAGGUGUUUCCAAGCAUGGAGGGGACACAUCCUCUGGAAAAGGGCUGCAGCCAGGCAGCUUUACAGGCAGCAACUGCUUCGGAAGGGCCUUGGGGCUUUGCAGUGGGCUGUGCACCAGAGGAAGAUGCAGCUGGAGGAAGCCCAGCAGAGACAUGCCUCGGCUCUGCUAGCUGUCAGCUUCUGCAGGUGGAAGCAAGCUGUGGCAAAACGGAACAAGAAGCAAUCUCUGCAGCCUGAGCCAUAUUCUUAUACCCAAAGUUCAUCAGUGGGGCUUUUGGGAGUAGGAAGAUUAGCAACUAUGACAACCUCAGCUCAGCACCAGCUUACAGUAGGAUACUCAAAGGAAGCUGAGCAGGCCUGUAGGGUGGAGGGAGGACUGUGGACACAGCUUCAUCGUAGGCAGAGAGGAGAUGAGUUCUGCUGGAGAGCUGAAGCAAUCAGAGAUAUGAGACGGCUAGCUGCAGCUUUCAGACUGUGGCGCCUGCAGAAGGAGCUGCUGAGCAAAGAGGAAGCCAGGCUUUUGGAAGCCCGUGCUUUGCUGGAAAAGAAGCAGCUACGAAACGCCUUCUGGGUUUGGCGUUCCCGAUGCUUGGAAAGGGAACAGAUUUUAGCACUGACAAAUCGGAUACAAAGAAACUUGGUCUCUCGGUGCUUCAGUGCAUGGAAGGAGAUUGUAGAGCAGAAAGCGCUUUACAGGUGCAACCUGUCCUGUCUCAGAGCAGUAUCACGGAGGAAAUACUUCCAGAAAUGGGUUCAGAUGCUACAGGUCAGAGACAGUGAUAAGCAGGCAAUGGUGAACUUCCUCCUCCUACGAUGGAGGCAGCAUUAUGGUGAGCAGCUUGGGGCCUGUGCAGAAUGUAAGAUUUGGAGGUGCUUAGGCUCCUUCCUCCUCUUCUUGUAUGAUGAAAACCAGCUGAAAACAGCCUGAUAACAGAGGCUCAGAUGAUACGUGGUAUUAACAAACUGGAGUGGGUAGAAGACUAGUUGUUCUGAACAUGUCAGUGAAGCUACAGGGAGAUUUGUUGCUCUGCUUCAUAAACCUAGCAGAAAGUCUUAGACCUUGCUGAAAAGAA